ACCACCACACCCGCCGCCGCGCUCCCGCCCGCCAUGUCCGCGCCGCCGCUCUCGCGCUCCAACAGCACCAUCAGCGACUACUCCGACAGCGGCGGCGGCGGCUAUGCCUCGUCGGCCUCGCACUCGACGCGCUCGUCGCGCCGCUCGUCGCUCGAGCUCGACGGCGUCGACAUCACCGCCGCCAUGACGCCCAGCGCCGCCAUGCCGCUCGGCGAUCUGUUCGAGACCUACUUUGCGCCGCGCCUCGACCUCGCGAACCGCAAGCUGCGCAAGGUCGGCGCCGACCUGCGGCGCAAGGCGCGCGUCGAGGAGCUGCGCCGCCGCGUGCGCGCCAGCAGCGAUGGGCGCGUGGGCAGCGACGAGGAGAUGCACGGCCUGCAGGAGGAGCUGCGGCGGGUGCGCGGACGUGUCGUCCAGCGCGUCGACAAGCUGCGCACGCGCUGGGCCGACGCCAAGACGGUGCGCCUGCGCGACAAGAUCUGCUUCGUCGUCGGCGUCAUGAACCUCGUCAUCACGUCGCUCAUCUUUGCGCUGCGCCCGCACUGGAUCCCGCUGCUGUACAGCGUGCAGACGCUCUACUUUCUGCCGCUGCGCGUGUGGACGUACACGCGGAGGAAGUGGCACUACUUCCUGUUCGACUUUUGCUACUAUGCAAACGUCCUCAACCUGCUCUAUCUCUGGGUCUUUCCCAGCUCCAAGUUCCUCUUCACCGUCUGCUACUGCGCCGCGCACGGGCCCCUGGCGUUCAGCAUCGCCACGUGGCGCAACUCGCUCGUGCCGAUGGACAUCGAGAAGAUGGCCUCGCUCUUCAUCCACAUCUUCCCGCCGCUUGUCUUUAUGACCAUCCGGCACUACAUUCCCAAUGCAGAGCAGACGUACCCAGCGCUCAAGGGCCUCGACCGGCUUGACGGCUACACGAGCUUCUGGAUGAACCUCGGCGUCUACAUCGUGUGGCAGGGCCUGUACUACGAGUUCAUCGUCCUUCGCAAGGCAGCCAAGGUCAAGUCUGGCGAACGCAUCAACUCCUACUCGACGCUCUCGUCGGGCAAGGGCGCCGUCGCAAACCUGCUGUCGAAGGCGAGCGAGCCGAGGAGAGAGUGGGCCUUCAUGCUGCUGCAGUUCGUGUACACCAUCGUCUGCACGCUUCCUGCGCCGCUGCUCUUCUACCAGUCCGCCACUGCCUCGGCCACCUUCCUACUCGGUCUGCUGACGCUGUCCAUCUGGAACGGCGCCUCGUACCUCGUCGAGGUGACCUUCCGCCGCUUCGAGCGCGAUCUCAUCAAGCUGCAGCGCGAAGUGCAGACGGCGCAGGAGAUGGCGCAGCUCCUCGAUCCUGACGCGACGCCCGACGCCGAGGAUGCGGCGCAGGAGGCGCAGCUGGAGAAGGACGAGGAGAAGAAGGAUAUCUAGAAUGCCAUGAGUAUUACGCGAGAGGUC